AAAUAGAGUGGAGUUUUCUGACAGCAUAGGCAAUGUGACAUCUCCAAGGAAGGGAGAAUUAAUCCUCUUUUAUACUUUCUUGCACCUCACAUUAUCAUUCCCAUCUCUCUAUCUCUCACAGUCAUUUUUCUUCCUUGCUCUUUGUGCUCAUGGAACCUAGCACCACUGAUGAACCUGCAAAGUCACAUGGAAACCAUACCAAUAAGCAUCAUAGCUUCCAAUCUCAAAUCCAUGAUCACCAUCAUGGCAUUGGCACCCUCUCUUCCACCUCUAUUCUUAUAAUCAUCGUAUCAUCCAUUUCUGUUGUUGUAGUUCUCACUAUCUUUCUAAUUAUAGCAAUGCUUAGAAGAUACAAAUAUUCCAAAGAUGGAGGCAACUGCAGAGACUUUAGCAGUUGCAACACUAGCAAGUUCAUUGCUCAUACCACCAUAAGAUUCACUCCAAGCCCAGAUGUUAAGGGUGGAUGUCUAUAUGGAAGCAAUAUGGGCCAUAAGCUUCCAGGCAAAUACAAAGGAGUCCAGGUUUUCACAUUCAAGGAGCUUGAAAUCGCCACAAACAAAUUCAGUGAAGCAAAUGUGACAUGGAAUGAAGGGUAUGGGGUGGUGUAUAGAGGUACCUUAAGUGAUGGAACUGUGGCAGCAAUUAAGAUGCUCCAUAGAGCAGGGAAGCAAGGAGAGCGUGCAUUCAGGAUAGAGGUGGAUUUGCUAAGCAGGUUGCACUCACCAUACUUGGUGGAGCUACUUGGUUAUUGUGCUGACCAGAACCACAGGCUCCUAGUAUUUGAAUUUAUGCCUAAUGGGACUCUUCAACACCAUCUCCAUCACAAGCAAUAUCGACAGUUGGAUUGGGGGACACGAUUGAGAAUUGCCCUUGAUUGUGCUAGGGCCCUGGAGUUCCUUCAUGAGCUCACAAUCCCAGCAGUAAUCCAUCGUGACUUCAAGUGUAGUAACAUUUUACUAGACCAAAAUUUUCGGGCUAAAGUUUCAGAUUUCAGAUCGGCUAAGAUGGGCUCGGAAAGGAUCAAUGCUCGAAAUUCGACGUGUUUGCCGAGUACCCCUGGUUAUCUAGCACCAGAGUAUGCUUCAACGGGUAAGCUCACCACAAAAUCAGAUGUAUACAGCUAUGGAGUUGUUCUUUUACAGCUCUUAACUGGCCGUAAACCUGUUGAUACCAAGCAGCCCUCCGGUGAACAUGUCCUUGUCUCCUGGGCUCUUCCAAGGCUAACCAACAGAGAUAAGGUAGUGGAAAUGGUUGAUCCAGCCAUGAAAGACCAAUAUUCAAAGAAGGACUUGAUCCAGGUGGCUGCUAUUGCAGCCGUGUGUGUGCAACCAGAAGCAGAUUAUAGGCCUCUCAUGACAGAUGUUGUGCAGUCUCUAAUCCCUCUGGUCAAGAACCUUUCUUCCGUAUCUUCCUCUUGUUCCUCUAGAUUUAUGAAUCAGAUGUUGUGCAGUCCAAGGCCUAUGUAGAUUUUGUUGUAAUAAAGAUUGAUAAUAAAAGACACUGUUACCAGCUUGGGUCAAAAAUCAAAGCUAGGAAUUUGGAAA